AUGCCGGCUUUUGUUUUGCAAUCUCCUUAUCUAAAUCAUGGGCCUUCUGUGGGUCAAUAUAAAUUACAGUUAGUAAAAAAAAACAUGAAAGAAUUAAGACAAACUAAUCAGGAGCUCCAUGAGGAAAUAUCAUGUUUAGCCCAAUCAAAUAGGAGCAUAGAACAACGAGAACUAGAAAAUACUAUCGAACUUUCUAAUGAAGAAAAAUAUGAAAUGAUGAAAGAAAUCCUAAAUUUAAAAAGAAUUGUUCGACAACUUGAAAAAGAAAAUAAACAAAAAGAUAAAGAAAUAUCUAUUAAGGAUAAGUUAAUAACGGAAUUUGAUGAUUGUGAAAAAAAAUUAAAAAUCAGAAUUCGAGAAAUAUCCAAAUCAGCAGAUCUGCAAAAAGCACGUAUAACUGAUUUACAUUGUCAAAAUUUUGCAUUAGCAUUAUUAAGAUAUCGGGAUAAAUUAAAACUUAUAAAUAUUCAAGAAGCUUUACAAAAUUCACAAAUAUGGAAUUCUAAUGUUAUAAUAUCUGAAAAUAAAUCUGAUGAAAAUUCACAAGACAGUAAUAUAUCAGAAGAAAUGUCAACAAUAGUUGAGUUAGCCGAUACUAUAGAUGGAUAUUUGGAUAAUCCAGGAACAAAUAGAGAGAUUUUAUCUAAUCAAAUAAAAAGGAUUACAAGACAAAUACGCCGUAAAAACAAUAAUCUACAAAAUGUUGAAGCGGAAUGA